ACCGCAUUCGGAUCCUCACAUCCGUGAUCCGCAUGAACAGUCCCCAUCCAUGCAAAUUCAUGCAAAUUUCAAUUUCAGUUUAUUAAUCUCUUCUUUCAAAAAUGAAAUUACAGAAAUUAUUCAAACCCAAUUCCCAAUCAAACAAGGAAUCCUCCCCAGAUUCUCGCCACUUGGUUUGAAUGUCUCCUCUAUAAUCUCCAAAUCACAGCGUUGAUUAAACACUUCAAAUUUCCUCUUCCUCGUCCGAUUCCUGUUCAAUUUUUGCUCUCCUAUUUCUUCUCCGGCUUCAAUUCCUCACUCUAUAAAUUCCCUAUUUUCGACUCGAGUAAGCGCAAGAACAAUCAGAGGAAAAAAGAUCGAGGAGAAAAUAGAGCAAGAUGAGGGAAAACGAAGACGGAACGGCCAGGGAGAGGAUUAUGGUGGAAGAAGCUUUCAGGAAUACGGAGGUUCCGCCAUGGCAGAACCAGAUCACUUUUAGGGCUAUUUUCACGAGCUUUCUUCUCAGCAUUGUCUUCAAUUUCAUUGUCUGCAAACUGAAUCUCACCACUGGAGUCAUUCCGUCCCUUAAUGUCGCCGCUGGGCUUCUAGGGUUCGCCAUUUUGAAGGGUUACACUUCGAUUCUCAAAACUUUCGGUCUUAUGAAACAGCCCUUCACUCGACAGGAGAACACUGUGAUCCAAACUUGCGUUGUCGCCUCCUCUGGGAUCGCCUUCAGCAGUGGAACUGCUAGUUAUCUUCUGGGAAUGAGUGCCAAAAUAGCUGCCCAAGGAGAAGAAGGGAACACUCCUAUAAAUAUCAAGAGACUCUCUGUGGGUUGGAUGAUGGGCUUUCUCUUUGUUGUUAGCUUUGUUGGCUUAUUCUCUAUUGUGCCUCUUAGAAAGAUGAUGAUUCUGAAAUACAAACUGACUUAUCCAAGUGGAACUGCAACUGCAUACCUCAUCAAUAGCUUUCACACACCUAAAGGAGCCAAAUUGGCAAAGAAACAAGUUGCAGUCCUUUUCAAGAGCUUCUGUUUCAGCUUUGUAUUUGCCAUGUUUCAAUGGUUCUAUGCUGCUGCUGAUGGCUGUGGAUUUUCCAGCUUCCCCACAUUUGGUCUUCAAGCUUAUGCAAAAAGGUUCUACUUCGAUUUCUCGUCUACAUACGUCGGUGUGGGAAUGAUCUGUCCUUUCAUGGUCAAUAUUUCUUUGCUUCUUGGAGCCGUCAUCUCAUGGGGAAUCAUGUGGCCCUUGAUCGAGCAGAGGAAAGGCAUCUGGUACAGCGCUUCUCUAUCUGCAAGCAGUCUUCAUGGCAUUCAAGGCUAUAGGGUUUUUAUUGCCAUUUCAAUGAUGCUUGGUGAUGGUCUUUACCAUGUAUUCUACAUGCUCUUCCAAACAUUCUACAGCCUAGCCAAGCAGAAGUCUGACAGUGAGAAUGCCAAUACAUCAUCGGAAAUUACUGACUACGACGCCCAACGGAGAACCGAGUACUUCUUGAAAGACCAAAUCCCGAACUGGGUAGCAUUGAUCGGCUAUGUUGUACUCGCAGUCAUAUCUGUAAUCACAGUUCCCUUGAUCUUCCAUCAGUUGAAAUGGUACCACAUUUUGGUUGCAUAUGCAAUUGCUCCUGUUUUGGCUUUCUGUAAUGCCUAUGGCUGUGGGCUCACUGAUUGGUCUCUUGCAUCAAAUUAUGGUAAAUUUGCCAUCAUCAUCUUCAGUGCUUGGGUUGGCCUUGGCAAUGGAGGUGUUAUUGCUGGUCUUGCUUCUUGUGGUGUCAUGAUGAGCAUUGUUUCUACUGCUUCUGAUCUUAUGCAAGACUUCAAGACGGGUUACUUGACUCUUGCUUCGCCCCGCUCGAUGUUUUUCAGUCAAGUCUGUGGCACAGCCAUGGGCUGCGUUUUGUCCCCUCUCGUCUUUUGGUUCUUCUACAAAGCAUAUAACGUCGGAGACCCCGAAGGCUCCUACCCUGCACCUUACGGACUGAUGUACCGUGGCAUUGCUCUUCUCGGCGUUGAAGGCGUCUCUUCCCUCCCCAAAAACUGCCUCACCCUUGCCAUUUGCUUCUUCGUUGCUUCCAUCGCUAUGAACAUCAUCCGAGACUUGCUUGCAAAGUAUGAAAGGAAAUACCAUAUCUACCGAUUCGUUCCAAGCCCAAUGUGUAUGGCGAUUCCGUUCUACCUUGGUGCUUAUUUCGCCAUCGACAUGUGUGUUGGGAGCUUGAUACUUUUCUUAUGGCAGAGGAGGGACAAGGUCAGGGCCAGCGAGUUUGCACCCGCCGUUGCUUCAGGUCUCAUCUGCGGCGAAUCUUUGUGGAGUGUUCCAGCAGCCAUCUUGGCUCUGGYCGGCGUCAAGGCGCCUCUUUGCAUGAAGUUUUUGAGUUCCUCUACCAAUGAUAAAGUCGAUGCCUUCUUACAAGGAUAGUAGUUUUAGGAACAUUAGUUUUUAGGAAAUUAAAUCAUUGCAUUUGCAUUUAUCCCAAGUGUGUUUAGUUUCUUUUACUUUAUAGUGUGUAUAGACAGUAGAGGCAAAAUUUGCCAUCUUUAUUUCUCUUAUAA